CUGUUCCUCCUCUAAUCGAAUUCCUCGUUCUUCUCUCCCAAACACACAAAUAGCAACCGAUGGCCACCCGGUGGAGUCCGAGAAGAACUGGGGAUCGAUCCCGGACCUUGUACAAACCCGAAUCCCACCCUCAAGUACCUCCGCCCAAUCCGUAUCUCCGUUCCCUAGAGCCUAGAGCCCAGCAUACAUAUUUGGUCUCUGCGCGAUGCCUCACCCCUCGAACCCCUCGGCCUCUCACGCGCGUCGCCGUUCCCGUUCAACCUUCAUCGCUGCCUCAGCCCCGGCCAGUCCGCAAUUUCGGCCAUUAGUUUCUGAGAACUAAUUCACGUGCACGUCAUUGUUCUCAUCAGAGGAGUUGGAGCAGUGGUACAGAGACAGAGAUUAAAGAGUGCUGUCGUGUUUUUCUAAAGCAAACUAAAGUAAGUAGAGAUAUCCAAAAGUGACUGGAAGAAUCAACAAACCUUGCCACAUUAUCAUUGCCUGUUGCUUCUAGCCAAACCACCAAGAUAUAAGGUCACAGGAAGAUGAUGAAGCCUUAUGGAUUUUUGGUGCAUAGCACCACCACUAUUGCCAAUGUUAUGUCAUCCUUGGUGUUGAGGACGGGUCCUAUUCUGUUGAUGAUAAAGGAAAUGUUAUCCCGUGUCAUAAGUGUUGGCAUCUUUCUAAGGCUAAACCACAUUGCCAGUUGUUACCUGCCUCACCAAGCUUGCUACCAGACGACGUGCUCAUCGAGAUCUUUCUCCGUCUACCAGCACACCCAGCUUGCCUGAUGCGGACGUCGCUCGUCUGCAAGCAAUGGCGCUGCCUCAUCCAAGACCGCCAAUUCGUUCGCUGCUUUCACACACUCCAUCAGAAACUCCCUGUGCUUGGCUUCUUCAGUAACAGCACUCAGAUCCCUCGUUUUCUCCCCACUGGGGACCCUCCCAAUUGUGUCGCAACGGAAGCUUUCUCCCUACCUGACCCCUGCUGGCGCAUCCUUGGCUGCCGCCACAGCCUUGUCCUCCUCGUUAGCUCAGGUUGGACAAAACUCCAAGUGUGGAACCCCAUGACUGGCAAUCGGCAACAUGUACCGGUUAAUCCUGAUGCAAACAGUCGUUUUGGUGGUGUUCCUCAGAGCAAUGCUGCAGUGCUUUGUGCAGCCGGCCACAACAAUGGCCAUGGUGCCUGCCGCUCUUGCCCCUUCACCAUAGUGUGGGUAUACACCUGCACUGGCUUUGCAUAUGUCUCUAUAUACUCAUCAGAGAAAGGCAGCUGGCAAAUUGUGGUGUGUUCACCGACACCAUCUGAGGUUGAUUCAAGGCCUAGCGUCCUUGUCGGGAACAUCUUGUACUGGCCGCUUAAAUCAAAGUACAUCCUUGCAUUUGAGCUGGGCACAUGUAGAUUAUACCAUAUUGAGUGUCCACCAGAUACACACAGUAUAUACAGGCGGAAUGUACACAUCAUGAAGGCAGAGGAUGGCGGGCUAGGCCUUGCUGCCUUAACAGAAUUCAACUUGUGCCUAUGGGCGCACGAGACGGACGCUGAUGGUGUUACAGGAUGGGUGCUGAAGAGGACCAUCCUGUUGGAUGCAUUCCUAACACUGAAAGUGCCAUCUCUGCCAUUGACAGAUAAUCAUUUGGCUGUAAGGCCUCCAGCCAGGAUAUUGGGUCUCGUUGAGGAUGAUGAUUCGGUUUUUAUAUGGACGAAAAUUGGUGUCUUUGCAGUUCAGCUCAAGUCAAUGCAGUGCAAGAAGGUUUUGGAAGCUGAUGUGUCUGCAACUCUCUUCCCAUACACUGGCUUUUAUACCACAGAUGCUGUGGACGGCCACCCAUGAGAACAUUGGGGCCAUGCAUGAUUGGGGCUGCAGAUGAAUAUCUAUAUCGCUGAAUUCAUUUAGUCCAGUACCUAGUACGGUAACGGUGGAUAGGCCUAAUGGCAGUCCAAAUUGUACAGGGGGUGAUCAUGUGUUGUUGAUGUACUACUGUGUACAAGUAAACCUUCUUUCAGUUUAAUCAUGUACUCUACCUUUUUGGCUCUCUCUUUUUGGUUUAUACCCGAUCCAACGUCAUUUGUUUUUUUAAUAAUAAAUAUAAAGUUAGAUAGUUUACUCAAA